AUGCAGCUUCUCCCAUUGACGACGGUGCCUGACCCGGCCUUCUCGACAAUGGCCUCAGCCGGAUACAUCCAGAUCACCUUGAUCUGGGUGGUUUAUGCCACCGCUAUUGUCCUCCUCCUUUCCGCCGCCUCUCUCUUCGUCUAUCUAUACCAGACACACCGAGACCGGUCAAUAUUCGUCACCAUCGUCUGCAUUUUCACCAUCACAUCGCUUCUGGCAACUGUGUUGCUGCUUCCAGUCGAUGUUGCGUUGGUGUCAAGCACAUCAAGUUCGAAGUUGGGUCGGCGGAAGGACUGGGCGAAUCAAGACAAGGUCGACAACAUCACAUUCACGCUGCGAGUGGUCUAUUACUUUCUCUACUCUCUGGAUGCCAUUCUCUGCCUGUUGAUCAUUCCGUUCACCUACUUCUGGUACGAAGAGUAUGACGAGGUGGCCCAAGAGGAAGGAUCGCAAACAUUUGGUUCGAGAUUUUGGGCUGCGUUCAAAUACACCAUGGUCUUCAUCUUUCUCUGCGUCGCCAUCUUCCUGGUCGGCUUCUUCGUGCCGGUUGCACGUCACCGUGAGGGGGCGCACUUCGAUCUGGAUUUCUUCAAAAAGCUGUUGGCCGAAAAUCAUGGCGAAAGAGCACUGACAUUUGCACUGGGCUUGCUGAUCACCAUUGGCAUCAUCAUCUACUGCUUCUACACAGCUGCCGGGCUGGCUCUCCUCCCCCUGACAUUGAUCAAAACGGCACCUGGCAUAUCUGCGCCCGCCUUGACCGAGUCAACCGCGGCACAAUUGGAGAGUAACCUAGAGCGGCAAAGACAACUCGAAGGUCGAGCCCAAGGAAACCCUGACGGGUUGUCAUCCAAGGAUCAACGAGAACUCGACGCCCUGGUCCGUGAAGAGCGUACCUUGCGGCGGCAUCAACGCCUCGCUGCGGAAGCGUCGGGUGAAGAUCAGAGCAUUUGGUGGAGGGUCUGGUUGAAGCUCGAGGCAGUCUUUCGUCCCAUCAAAUUGAUACUCGGCAUACUGCUGGUGAUUGUGGUCCUCUUGAUCUUCGUUAGCAUGCUCAUCACUGGCAUCGACAAAGCUAAGAACUCGAUCUGCAAGCGACACUGCGGCUACCUCCUCGCUCACAUUAACAUUUUCCAACCUAUCAACUGGAUCCUGGUCACGUCGGCCAAAGUAUUCCCAAUCGACUAUGUCAUCUUCUUGUUCAUCGUGAUGCUCUUCUUCAGUGCCAGCAUCAUUGGGAUCGCCACCAUCGGAAUCCGAGUUCUCUGGAUCACGAUAUUCAGGAUUCGCAAGGCCCACACUUCACCACAGGCUCUACUCAUGGCCACCGUCAUGCUUACCCUGAUGACUUUGGCCAUCAACUAUUCCAUCGCCAUGAUGGUUGCUCCACAAUAUGCUACAUUUGGUGCUCAAACCUUCUGCGACCAUCCGCCUAAGCAUCCCGGCGAACAGGCGGACUGUUCGGAGCAUGUUGGGCAUAUUAUCCCUUGCACAGAAGCCACGAACAAUCCGGCUGCUCGCAACGUGUGCACGCCAUCUGUGGUGUCGACCUUCCUGAACCGUGUCACCGUGAACUUCCCUUUUUUCGGCGUGGUUGAUUUCUGGGCUCAGUUUGUUUUCCUGGGCAUCUUCAUGAUUGGGUUCGUCUUGUUGUUAUUCCGGACGCCGAGACUGGCCGAUUCGGAUACUGAGGAGGACGCGUUGGAGGAAGAAGAAGAAGGUCUUCUCGCCAGCACCGGUCGAAGAUUCGGCGCCACCUGGCAGGACAUCACGGGUCGAGUGAGCCAUCCUGGUGGGAGCAAUGGACGAUAG